UCAGAAAGGUGUCAAAUUGACAUAUUGAUUGCAAAGAAAUCAACAGCUGGGACGUGUAAUUUUAGUGUUAUUAUAAAAUACAAUUGAUUUUCUCUUCAGUUCUGUGCUAACUUGACACUAAAAUGGAUAUCACACCAUUAUUUAGGGCAUACAUAAAGACAGUCAAAACUCGGAACAAAGCUUUCGGCAUUCAGAGCCCUACGAGCGAUGAUAAACAACGCAUACUUCGAACCAAGCCAAAAACAGCUUUCAUGAUAACUGCGAAAGAUAUAACUUCGCAAAUUACAAGAUUACGGGACUUUUUGCUGGAGCAUCGGGAGAAGUACUUGAGUUUCUAUGAUAAUGUCGUGGAGGAUGAAAUGACCGAUGCGGAAAGAGAUCAGAUAGACACAGGCGCGCAAAGGAUAAUAAAUACGUGUUCCCACUUGCUGAAAGAGUUUAGGAAUGACAACCGCAAGGUAAACGCUGCUCCUCAGAUGAAGGAGUACAUGGAAGCAGUGGCCGACCUAAUAGAUAUGUAUCUAAAAGCUGUUUGUAAGAUACACAGUGAGCUCAAAGCUUUACGGGUGAAACGAACUCUAGUCAUGCGGAAACUUUCGCGUUUGGAGCUGCCUCAGACCAAGUCUAACAUUCCGAACCCUUUUAUUGUGAGCAAAGUUGCUGACAAGGAUAAUGACAAGCCUUUAGAGAAAGAAAAUGAUGAGUUGGAGGAGACUGAUAAUGUAAAGAAGAUGGAUUUGUGUGAGAAUGAUGUAGCCGUGCUGGCUGACGAGGAGCUCAGUGCUGAGGAGCUACAGAUGUUUGAGUCGGAGAAUGUGCAGCUGCUUAAUGAACUGAACAGCAUGACUGAGGAGGUCAAAGCUAUUGAGAGCAAAGUUCUCCACAUUGCUGAGUUACAGGAAAUAUUUACUGAAAAGGUUUUACAACAAGAGCAAGACAUAGACAGGAUAGCAAACACAGUGGUUGGUUCCACAGAAAACGUUAAGGAUGCCAAUGAACAAAUAAAGCAGGCUAUUCAAAGGAAUGCAGGACUUAGAGUUUAUGUGCUUUUCUUCUUACUGGUCAUGUCAUUCAGUCUCUUAUUCUUAGACUGGUAUAAUGAUUAAAUGUUGUGUAUAAGAAUCA